AUGGACAGCAAUGUGUUUCAGAUAUACAAGGAAGACAAAUGUCCCUCGGCUCAUCCAGCGGAGUGCUUACCAAACUUCACAUGGCAGCCUGGCUUUUCAGAUAUCUACAAUUUCACAUCUAAUGGAAACUGGACAAACGAGCCAGAGCCUAUGUCCCCUAUUAUACCCAUCAUCACCGCCGUGUACUCCGUGGUCUUUGUGGUAGGACUGGUGGGAAAUUGCCUGGUGAUGUAUGUUAUUAUCAGAUACACAAAAAUGAAGACUGCAACAAACAUCUACAUUUUCAAUCUGGCUGUGGCAGAUGCUCUGGUGACUACCACCAUGCCUUUUCAAAGUGCCGACUACCUGCUCAAUACCUGGCCGUUUGGUGAGGUUGUCUGCAAAGUGUUCAUCUCCAUUGACUACUACAAUAUGUUCACCAGUAUCUUCACUCUAACUAUGAUGAGUGUGGAUCGCUAUGUGGCAGUGUGCCACCCAGUUAAAGCCCUGGACUUCCGCACCCCGGUCAAAGCCAAGCUCAUUAACAUCCUUAUUUGGGUGCUCUCUUCAGCAGCUGGAAUCCCUGCAAUGAUCCUUGGGAGUACUCAAACCAACAAUGGUAUUUUAUUCCUGCAUUGUGCUCUGCAGUUCCCAGACCCCUACAUCUACUGGGACACCCUUAUGAAGAUAUGUGUCUUCAUCUUCGCCUUUGUAGCACCCCUCCUCAUCAUCACAGUGUGUUACACCUUGAUGGUGCUCCGACUUAAGAGCGUUAGGCUGCUGUCCGGCUCUCGGGAAAAAGACCGCAACCUGCGGCGAAUCACGAGGCUUGUCCUGGUGGUGGUGGCUGUUUUCGUUAUCUGCUGGACGCCCAUUCACAUCUUCAUCCUGGUCAAGGCGCUCUUGCCCGGAGUCCCUGAGACCACCGCCGUCAUGGCUGCUUACUUCUUCUGCGUCGCUCUGGGCUAUACUAACAGCAGCCUCAACCCUAUCCUCUACGCCUUUCUGGACGAGAACUUCAAACGUUGCUUCAGGGACUUCUGCUGCCCUGGUCGGACCUCCGCGGACGGACAGGGCGUGAGCCGAGUGAGGAGCACCAUCCGAGAACACACGUGCCCAGCGGAGGGCAGAGGACCAGAGGGCCACGGCAGGCCUGUAUGA